AUGCCUAUUAUAAUUAAUAAUAAGGAUGAGUUCAAUCAGUAUCUCAAAGAAGGAAAACUGGUUGUGGUAGAUUUUUGGGCAGAUUGGUGUGGACCUUGUAGGAUGAUGGCUCCAGUAUUUGAACAGCUUUCAAAGGAUUUCCCAAAUGUACAUUUUCUUAAGGUCAACUCUGAUGAUCACGGAGAAGGGCAAAGAAUAACAGAGGCUGAUGUCGUCGGUGCCAAUAAAUCCCUUUUAGAAGAUAAUGUUAAGAAAUAUCAAUAA